UCGUCCGCGCGAGCUGCCCCACGUUUCUCGAAGGAUUCGUGCAAGUGCAUGCGUCACACACCAUAGAAAACAACAGGGAGCACGAGGAGGUAAGCAAGUUUCCAGGAUGACCAACAGUCCCCCCCAAAGACGAGGGAUCCAGUUUGAGGUGGGGGCUCAGCUAGAGGCUCGUGACAGCCAGAAAAAUUGGUACUGUGCCACUAUUGAGAAGAUUGACCUGGAGCAGGAGAAAGUGCUGAUCCACUACCGCCAGUGGAGCCAUCGCUAUGACGAGUGGUUUGACUGGAACUCCGCCUGCCUGCGACCGCUGGAGCGCGUCCAGCUGAGGAGGGAGGGGCUUCAGGAGCCCCGCCCCACGCCGAUGUUCCGGGUGAACGAGCGUGUGCAGGCGUGCUGGUCUGACUGUCGCUUUUACCCAGCCAGGAUCCUGCAGGUCAACCAAGAUGAUACCUACACGGUGAAGUUCAAUGAUGGAGUGGUGAAGAAAGUGAAGGCAACCAAAGUGAAGUCAUCUAAGAAGGAGACUGGAAGAGCCAGCCAGAGAGGCAGAAAUCUGGAGAAGAACCAAUCAGACCAGACAGAGACUCGCCCAGCAGGGGGCGACGCAUCCGAGCAGAAUGGAACGAGUGAGGAGAAGGUGGGGGUGGAGGAGGAGGAGAAGAGAGGUAAAGAAGACAUACACAGAAAGCCGGAGGAGGAAGUCGCAGAAAACACGCCACCGGCCAAGCCCGCCCAGCCUGCAGGGUCCCAGCAAAGCAGAACGGAGCCCAGGAAGAGGAAGAGGGGCUCCUCCUCGCUCCUCUACAGCACCAAGAGGAAGAGGCGAGGCAGCAGUAGAGACAGAAGCAGUGGAUCCCAAACUCAGCAGGUUAGAUCGGAGGCAGUCCCAGGAACUUCAGUGUUAAGCUCCUCUCAGACAGACAGCCAGGCCUCUGUUGAACCAUCACCAGACACAGAGACUGUACUGAAGCGCCAAGUCCACCUGCCAACCACACACAAGUACAGCAGAGAGCCCCUGUACCGAGUGAUUAAAAACCAGCCGCCUCCCAUCCUGUCCAUUGAGCUGGACCACAACCCCUUCAAGUGUCAGGCUGCGGGCUGCACCAAGUCCUUCAGAAAGGCGUCCCUGCUGCACUACCACGUCAAGUAUUAUCACGAGGACGACCAGCCGGCCGGCGGGCUGCAGGCGGCCGGCCAGGACACGCCCGCGAAGACGCACGCCCUGUCGGAGGGGCGGGGCUUCCUGAGCGAGAGGCGGAAGGAGAACCAGCAGAACAACAACCACCUGCACGACGACAGAGAGUUGAGCACCACGGAACCAGGUUUGAAGGUCAAAAAGAAGAGAGAUAGAAGCUUCCUCCGUGUCGUCCUGAGGAAGAAGAAGAAAAAGAGGUCCAAGUCAGAAAAUUCCCGCAGUGAAAACCAAGGCUCCACUCUAUCCUCCCCCCAGCCCCGCCUCUCACACACACCUUCACCUCUGACCUCCAGGUUGAAACAAGAUGCCUACUUUGAUGAGGAAGACAGUGAUUGUUCAACAGUCAGCGCUGAGUGGAGCGAGGAGGAGCUGGACGUGACCACACCCGUGUCACAGCAGAGUGGCACUGCAGCGACACACGACUGUGACGUGGUGCGCUGCGUGUGCGAGGUCGAAGAAGAGAACGACUUCAUGAUUCAGUGUGACCAGUGUCUGUGCUGGCAGCAUGGCACGUGCAUGGGCCUGUUCGAGGACAACGUCCCUGAGAUCUACAUUUGCUAUGCUUGCAGAGAGAUGGCAGGGCAACGGCAGAGCCACCAGUACCUGUAUGACAGCGACUGGCUGAGCAGUGGCUGCAUGUUCGGCCUGUCGUCUGUGGAGGAGAACUACUCCCAGCACAACGCCAGCAAGAUGGCGGCCACCCACCAGCUGCUCGGAGACCUGCAGCAGCUCUUCCUCCUCUUCCACGGCCUGCAGCUCAAGAUCAGCAUCCUCCAAACAGACUCCCAUCCUGACCUGAGGCUGUGGCAGCAGCCCUGGAAGCAGGGCGAGGGGCUGGAGUCCUGGCCGGUGCCCACAGCCCAGCCUGAAGAGGAGGCGGCACCCCCCCUCCCCGCACCCUCCGACAAGGAAGCGGGCGUCGCCUCCUUCCAGACGUCCUACAUAAGCAGCGAGCACUGCUACCAGAAGACGACCGCGUACUACCCAGGAGCCCUGGCGGUGGAGACGCGUGGCUCCGAACUGGAGCACAGCCUCCGCCGCAGCGAGGAUCUGAUCUACGGGGGCUCCGCAGAGACAUACCCUGCCGCCACCACCAAGACCCCAGCCCUGCACACAGACAAGGCAGAGGAGUUCCUGGUCGACGAGGAAAAGUGGAACAGAGGACCUCUGGAGACUUCAGAAGAAGCCCAUCCCACACACAUGCACUCUGAAACGGACACGAGCACACAGCUUGACGCGCACACAAACACACACAUAGACACACACACAGACACACACACAGACACAGCCCGGCCCAGCCCCUGUGUGGUAGCAGUGGAGCGCGGGCAGCAGCAGCAGUGGCAGCUGAACCUACUGGAUCACAUCCAGGCCGUCCAGAACCAGCUCACACACAGGAUGGACGUCAUAGAGAAGGAGCUGGAUGUGUUGGAGAGCUGGAUGGACCACACUGGAGAGCUGGAGCCUCCUGACCCUCUGGCCCGCCUCCCGCAGCUCAAGCAGCGAAUCAGACGGCUGCUGGCAGACCUGGGCACGGUGCAGCGCAUUUCUCUGUGUUGCUCUUCCAGGGGGCGCGACUGAGCAAUGUUAUUGCCACAUAUCAUUUGCAAAACGGGUGUACACAUCCAGUAAUGGAGUUGAACUCCACAGGGGAACGGAGAGGGCCCCCGUCAGGCCUCCACUCCUCCUGCAUUAGGAGAACAAUCUGAACUGUGGCCACUGUACAUUCCUCCAUCCUAUGCUCUUGAUUAGUAGCACUUUUUUAAAGCCAUAUUGGAGGAUGCCAGGAAGUGGACUGAUCCUCCAUGCCACACAGACUGGAACCCCCAGUGAAUAUUAGCAUAAGCUUCUGUAUUCAUGGUUAUUAUUCAUACUUUAUAUUGCUGUAGAGUUGUGGAUGUGUAGAAUAUAGAUUUGAUGAAGACCAUGGUCUUCUGUAGUUUUGUAAGAAAUAUAGAUUUUUAUGGAUAUCACAUGUUGUUAAAGAGGCCUCAUAUAAUUAGAUAAUUGAUUGAUUGUCCUGCGCAUAUUUGCAGUUAGACUUUUAUUGAAAUGCUUUUUACAGUUUUGAGUAGCAACAAUUUGUAGGUUUAAGAAAAAGUCUUGAAACAAGGUAUUUGCGUCCCUAAAAUAAAUGUCAUACCAACAUUUUAAAUUACGUUUAGAUAUUUUCUUUAUUGGCAGGUGUUUUAUAGUUUCCUAAAUUAGCACACAAACUGCCCCAGUCCCAGAUUAGGAAUGUACCAAAACAAGCUUUUAGUUGGUUUUUCAAGGAUGUAAAAGCCACUGUGCUGUAUAUGAGAAGAACAAAAGUCUUGUUAACUCCGAUUUCACAUUUAUACUGUACCUUGCAUAUUUUAAAUAUGUAAGAUUUGUUCUACCUAAAUAUUUUACGUUUUGUGUAUUUUGUGUCCUUAUAUUUGUCAUAUUUUGUGUUUUUGCCAUGAGUAAUUUAUUUUUCUCGAAGUUUAAUUUGUCAUUGUGUAUCGUGGCAGUAGGUGUCAGAAGUCAAAUGGCGUGUCUGUAAGAGUUUAGCAGGACAGUCAGUGUGUUGUGUGCGUGUUGCUGUAUACAUGGCAGGUGGGUACAGCAGAUGGCCCAGUAUGUACAGGCACAGCAGUAGGCCUCUACCUUAUGGCCAAGUUGUGAUUGCGAUUCCACACCAAAACAAAGCUUUAGAGAUUAAUUGGACAUUCAUUUGAGUCUGGGUCGAACAAGUUCAACUGACUAGAUUAUUAUGUAUCUAACUAGUCCCUGUCAUUAUCGGUAUCUGUGCAUGUUAUUAAGCAGGUCAUCAAUAGCCUUAUCUCAUCUAGCUACCCCACCCCCCAAUCGUGGAAGAUUUACAGAACUGAUGUUUUGAAACAAUUUCAUGACAUAAAAAAUUUGA